AUGAAGUGUGUGACGGCCGGAACGCCGAAAGCGGUAUAUUGCAAUUGCCCGCUGUCCUUGGAACUACAGCCUUGCGAAAUGGUGACAGAGGAAAUGCUAAAAAGUAAGCGAUUUGUACAAGAUAUUGCCCUUGGAAUUUGGAAAACCCUUUUCUAAUCUAUUGACCUUCAGAAAACACAGUAAACACCGUUCCACAAGUCGAAACGGUAUACAAGGACGUCCGAACAGUCCUCAUCAAAAUGGAGCCAUAUAAUGGAGCCUUUAUUUACAUUUUUGAGUUCUCUACAAUCAGCGGCGAAGCUGAACAUUGGAGCUUUGCGGUAGGGCAAAUAAAACACUCUUAUAAUUGAAUGCAAAGUCAAACUGCGACAAAAUAACGACUAGAAAAUCUUCAGGGAGCCAGCUCAUCGCCGAGUAUCCAAUUCAACGUCCCUGAUGCAUGUCGAGACUAUCAGUUCCGAACAAUGAUUGUAUUGAGGUCAACUGACCCCUCGUUACAGCUGGUGACGUUUAGGCCGAGAGCUAUUCCAGUGGAAUUGCCUAAAUUUGUGGUCCCACCGGAAUCGGUAAGGAAACGAUUGCUCUAAUGAGUUUUAUAAGCAGACCUGACCCAGAGGCAAAAACGUACCAUUUUGCAUCCGGGAAGUAUCAAAAAUGUGGCAAAAUGUUUCCCUCUCCAAGCGAAAAAACUUCGUUUUGAAGGGCGCGCCCUUUCCCUCACAAAAAGAGCGGGCGUGCUUUUGAAACCUGAGUUUUUCACUUGGAGGGGGAGGUAUUUUGCCACAUUUUUUGAUACUUCCUGGAAGCAAAAUGGCACAUUUAUUGCCACUGGAUCAGGUCCCCCAUUGUAUUUGUCGGUCAUGUCAAUAUAAAUUUUAGCCAACUUUCAACAACCGCUGAGAGUUACCCUUCCCGUGUGAGAAAAAUUCUUUAUAACCCGAAUUUUUGUCAUGCAAAUACCCACUCUAUCUAUAUCUCCUAUUUUCAGAUCCACCUCGACCCACCCCGACAAUCUAGCGACAACCAAAGCAUUCACGCUUUCGUGACAUGGCAAAAUCCUCUUGGUUACGACGAUGCCGACAUCUACGGCUACGAACAACCAGUAGCCUACCCAAUCAGCUGUCAGACCCCUGAAGAUCGACUUACACAACCGAGGGUCGAGCUGAUUGAAGGAGGAGCGCGAAUGCAUCUGAAUCUGCCUAUCGGCGUGCUCAGCGAGAAGUGUCGAAUCUUCAUUGAGGUGCGAAUGCUCCCCAGAUGUGUUCGAAUUGAUAGUUUUGAUAUUCAAGCGAGCAUUGAGAUAAAUUGCGAGCAAUUCCCGAACCUGAGGUAUUGCCAGAAAGGUGAGGCAAAAAUCUGUUAAAAAAUGACGUAAUCUAGUAGCAACUUAUAUUGUACUUGCCAUUUUCAGAGCAAACUCCCCAAUGUGUGAGUCUGAUUGAUGUUUGGGGAAAGGAAGGGAAAGCAAUGGUUGUCUGGCAGAAGCCGGAGACCGAGCCAAUGUAUUACGUGCUAAAAUACGGAAUGGGAGAGCAACGGGUAAGUUUUCCCGGCAAAAAACAUAAAUUUUCCGUCAAAUUUUCUCCUAUACUACGAUAUACGUCCUAAUUUGUUUAGGGAGCACGCCCAUUCAUCGCUAGAAAGAUUCUACAGGGCGAGGAGAUCAAGAUCGCGGGCAAUCAAACGCAUGCCGAGUUGGUAGCACGGCCAGGGAUCGAGUACGGGCUUCAGAUUUGCGGAAUAUACUCGCAAGGUCGGAAUAAACCACCUUUUGAAGUGGCUCAAGUGAUUCCCUUCAUCUGUGCGGAGUGUCCAAGCGAUGGUAGGUUGGAAACAAUAAAACAAUAAAUUCUUUUGUUAAUAUUGACAUUGCUUCUUUUCGAUAAUUUUGUGACAUUCCGCAACGUACAGGGUGGGCCACUCGAAACUCCCAACCUUUUUUCAAUUAUUUCUCCGCCAAUAAUGCACCAAUUUCUAUAAAAUUUAUAUCAAAUUGAAGCUGAGACACCCCAUUUCUUGUCCACCAAAUAUGGCCCGUCUAACUUCACGGAGGAACCCGCAAUGACCUUUUACAUUUUCAUUCCAAAUUUUGGAGCCUGAAAUCGGUGAAACUUAAAAAUUUUUUGGAAUGAUUUUCAAUUGAGUUUCUCGGACUUUGAAAAUUUUUGGAUUAAAGGCAAGAAAAAAGUCGCCAAAUUUGCGGAAAAAAUUUUAAAACAUUAAAGUUUACGUCCGUACCAAGUGCGUUAAACCCAUAUUUCAAUCAGGCGAGGUACCAAUUUGGGCGAAUGAGAACGAAAGCUGUUUUCUCGUGCAAUCUAAGUCUGGAAUGUUUCUAUGCAUCUUCGGGAUGGAUGUCGUCAUGCACGUAGACAGUUUCGCCCAUUUUUUAAAAUUUCGGAAAAUUUCGAAUAAUUAAGCCUAUUGCCUCAGGGAGCUGUCCGACUAACAGAGCGUACGUUUUUUCCGCACGCUUUUGGUCAGAGAAGCGAAAAUAUCUCGCAUUAGCGAGAGAGUCCGAGAAAAACCGUUCCUCUUGAUCCAAACCCUGGAGUAGGGCCCAAAUUUGGAGCCAUAACUUUUGAGCGGAUGGUCGCAAGUUGAUAAAACUUACAGGGCUUAUAGAGCACACAAUUAGCUCUGUUUGAGUAUAAAAAUCGUCAUUAAAUAUUUCAGUAUACCCAAACCCGCCUUGAUGUUACUGCAAAAACAUAAGAAAUCCGCAUGAAAAGACAAAAAAAUCCGCAAUUUCUAAAGUUGGGCUCAUAGAUCAGCUGAACCGUAAGCUAGAAUGCUCAAAUUAAAGCUGGGUGUCCUAUGAAGUACCACCUUUCAUAAUUUAAAAAGAGGGUAUAACAUUUCGACACGUAGCGGAUACUGUAACCUCGGAAAUCUUUUUAUGCACGCGUUUUCUACCGUAUCUCUCCCUUCUUCCUUCGCUUUUGUGGACAGAAAAGUUCGAGAAAAGGCGCCCCCAAAAAGAUUUCCGGGCUUACAGUAUCCGGGACACGUCAAAAUAUUACGCCGUCUUUUCAAAUUAUCCAAGGCGCUACUGCGUAGCACACGUUGCGUUAAUUUCAGAAUUCUAACUCAAUUUUCAGCUGACUUACAGGGUGACCCAAAAUAACGGAGACAAAUUUUUGAAGGGUCCCACCGCGAAACCCGGGCAUUAUAAAAACACAAGCGACAGUGGGCAAUAUUCUAUAAGACUUUGUCUAUAAUUCACGAAAAUUUGGCGGAGUCAUCAUGCCGCAGUAAAAAGUUACAGCUUAACAAAAAUGCCUUGCGCCGUUUUUUGGCCCUCAAUUUUGGUUCCUUUGUGUUGUGUAGAGCAUGGCUGUACUACAGCCGCAGAAAUGGCAAGUUCAUUUGUUUUGCUAGACUACUACGUCUCUAAGCAAGCAGUUAUGUAGGUUUCUGGGCUACGGUUUUUAUUUCUACGGUGGUACCAAUCUCAACAUUGAAGAUCGCCAUUUUUUCCAAAUUUUUUCCAUAAAAAAUUCAGUUUUUUUAGAAUAAAGCUAAAACCGCUAGAACGUAUUCUAUUCAUAAAUACAAUAAUUCUGGAAAACGCUGUGAUUGCUUGCUGGUUGCAACAGAUUUUCCUUAACAAGUUUCUCGGCCAGAACUACCCCAUGGCACGCGGCUUUGAGAAAGAUGGGUUAUCGAUAACAAAAUGACAAGAUAGAUAAAAACGGCGCAUUCUGCUCCUGUACACUUAUGAAUACGACUCUUGAGAAUCAGCCUAGGGCACUUUCGAUCUUUAUGUGCCACCGGCUCGACUGGUAUUCCGCCUACGGCAAAAAUAAGGCAGAAUUCUAGUGAUUACCAAAUAGCAUUCCGUAGCAGUUACAAAAUGUUUCUCUUUUGGUUCUAUGGUGUUCCUUUAAUCAUGUUCUAGUAACUCAUAUUACAUUUUGCCUUAUCUAACAUUUAAACUCCUCUUUACGCCUACAUUUUCAAAAAAGGCCGAUUUUUGCACUUCAACUGCCUGAAAAUACUCGGCUGUAACUUUUGAACCAUCGAUAGUUGAGCUUAGUACGAUGGCUCGUUUUAAAGGCCAUAUUAUGAUAAUUAAGCACAGCAAAUCUCAAACUAUUCCGAAUUUUCUUUUUUGAGUAAGGCAGCUUUCUUGCAAAAAGACCCCACGGGCAGAAAGCUCCGAGUCAACCGGAUAUAUUGAUGUGGUUCAAGGCACAAGAGCGUCGUACAACAAAACUUCCGGUAUAUAAAACUACACUAACGUGGUACUGUAGUAUAAAUAAGGAAUCACUCAUGAAUCUUCACAAGUCGCAGAAAAAACGGGAAAUCUUUUGUCUCCGUUAUUUUGGGUCACCCUGUAUAAACCCAACUUUAAAAACUUUGGGAUUUUUUGUGUUUUUUCAGGAAAAUCAAGGCGGAUUUGGCUAUACUGUAACAUUAAAUAACAAUUUUUAUAUUUCUGUAAAGCUAAAUGUCCACUCUAUAAGUUGGUAAAAUUUCAUCAAUCUGCAGUCAACGACUACAAAGUUACAGGCCCAACUGUGAAGCCCCAUCGAGGAUAAUCGAGCCCCCAUUUUCAUCGAAAAAAGCGAAAAGUAAAGCGCGGGAAAUGAUCGGAAAUGGGGUGCACAAUAAAGUUUUUGGGCUUACUGUGCACGUUAUUGGCCAAAAUUUUUUUGCCAUUUUUCCAAAAUAAUGACGACGUUUGUGUCAAGACUUGCCGUUUUUAAAUUUAGCAUUCUAGCUGAACUUCUAGCUGACUUAUAAGCCCAACUUUGAAACAAUACGGAUUUUUUGUGUUUUUGGAGUAAAAUCUGGGCGGGUUUGGGCAUACUGUAAUAUUUAAUGACGGUUUUUAUACUCUUGCAUAGCUAAUUGUGUAAUCCAUAAGCCCUGUAAGUUUCAUCAACGUACGACCACCGGCUCAAAAGUUAUGGCUCCAACUUUGAGACCUACUUUAGGUUUUGGAUCAACCAGAGCGGUUUCUCUCGGACCCUCUCGCUAAUUCGAAAUCUUUUCGCUUCUCUGACCAAAAGCGUACGGAAAAAACGUACGCUCUGUUAGUCGGACAGAUCCCAGAACGCAAAAGCAACGCCUUGAAGAAUAAUUUUGACUAUUCCGUUGACUGCCACCAUUUUUUUUGCUGCUUACAGAGUUUUAUUUAGCCAAAGGCGCGAACAUUUUCCAAUUCCAAAAAACUCAACUGGAAAUCAUUCCAAAAAUUUUAUAAGUUUCACCGAUUUCGGGCUCCAAAAUUUGGAAUGAAAAUGUAAAAGGUCAGUACGGAUGCCUCCGUGAAGCUAGACGGGCCAUAUUUAGUGGACAAGAAAUGGGGUGUCCCAGCUUCAAUUUGAUAUAAAUUUUAUAAAAAUUGGUGCAUUAUUGGCGGAGAAAUAAUUGAAAAAAUGUUGGGAGUUUCGAGUGGCCCACCCUGUACAACAAUUUCUAUUUUUCGGUCGAGAAAUGCAAAAUUACGCAAAAUUUAUCAGUUUUAUCGAUGAAGUCUUGAUUUUAUACCUGUGAUUUAUCAACUCGAAGAUUUUUUUCCGUUUUUACCACCUUAUUUUAGCUCUCGACUGUAUUGAUUGCGCAAAAAUCGAGGACGCACCUCUUCGACCAUUCGUUCCGGUGGUCGAGUGUCAAGGAAAGGACAAUUGUACAAACGUCAACAAAGAGUUUAUUUCAAAGAACGAGGCUACAUUGGGAGUGCUAACACAAACAGCCGAGAAUGGACCCAAUUUCAGUUCGAAUUUGGAUAAUCUGACCGACACUUUGGCGCGAGUGGAUAAAGAUCCUCAAAACCAGGUAGGAGACGAUCUAUUUUCUUUUUUCUAUCGUAUUUUAGAAUGAAAACUUUCUGUGUUUUCCAAUGAAAAUAAAAUCUUGUUCUAGUCCUUGAACGUUGACCUUCCGUCCACGGAAUCGCCGCGUCGUCAUUCCAUUUCGACCGAAUUUCUGAAACAUCGCGAGCCCGUGCCGCACACUGUCGCCUCCUCCAGUUCCGAAGGAAUCGAGGACAUUACGCUCAACUCGGCCGAGGGAUCAGGUAAUGGGAUUGUGGGUCGUGCGUUCGGCGAGAAGGUCCGCGGUCGGUUCGUGGACCCGGCCGGGGAUACGACCGCACUGCAAGAGCUUAGUCCCUUGCCAACGACCGAACUAACAAUGGAGAUGGACGGGACGUUCGAGCGCGACAUCCCGCGGGGCGUGCGAGUGACGGGAAAGCCGAGUAACAAGGUGGUGAGCACGGCCAGAAAGACCGUCACACCGUUAACAACGACGGUGACAGGUGUGUGGGAGGGUGUAUUGGGAUGGUGGAGGUUUUUCUAACUUGUGAUUUUGAGGAUUUUUUUGUUUAUUUGUAGUGGUUUUAAUAUAAUAUAACUUCUCUACUAACACUACUAUUUUUAUGGUUGGAACAGCCUUCUAUAGGCAAAAAAAGUUUGCAAGGAGAUAAAAAUAAUCCAAGUUAUGCAGUUAAAUUGUAUCGGAGAGGCAUAAAAAACUCAUCUUUUGGAAUGAAAAGAGCUCCAGGAAAAUUUUUAAAGCUUUUUUUGGGCCGCUGAUCAAGGGUAAAACUUUGGUUUUCAAAAAGUUGUCUCUCCGUGUUUCCACGACACUUUUUGACGUUAAAUUUGAGUUUAUUUUGAUCUCCCCUCGACUUAUUUUGUCCACAUUAGUCUGCUCAAAACUGUAACAAAAAUUACUAACAGCCUCUGGCGAUAACACACCCCUUCUUCUCUCAUCUACGGUAUUUUCCCACUUUCUCUUCUAAUUCGUUCAUAUUCCAGCUCCGAUCCCUUCAUCCAGCCAGCCAUUAGAGUCUUCCGAUGAAAUUCGCCGUUCUCAGCCAACGAAAUCAAUCGUCAGUACGACAACUCCACUGACAUCAACAUCAGGCGGCGCUGAGACGACAACAACUCGUCCACUUGUUGGAGAGGUUUCGUUUGUCUCCAUUAGUCAGCCAUCUGUCCAGGCGACCACGGAGAAGCCAGUAAAGGCCGAUGGAGUUAGACUUCAUCAACAGACCGCCGGCCCUCACAAAAAGCCUGGAAAGGUAGGUUAGGGAGGUUAAGGCAGUCAUGGCCUUUAUUUACAAGUGCUUUACAAGCACAAUAGUGCAUGCGCUUGCUUUGUCCUUACAAAUACAGUGAGGGACCUGAUCCAGUGGCAAAAAACGUACCAUUUUGCAUCCGGGAAGCAUCAAAAAUUAGGCAAAAUGCUUCCCUCUCCAAGUGAAAAAACCUUGUUUUGAAGGGAUGUGUUCGAACUGACCCUUACAAAAAGAGCGGGCGCGCUUUUGAAAUCGGAGUUUUUUCACUUGAAAAGGGAAGCAUUUUGCAACAUUUUUGACGCUUCCCGGAUGCAAAAUGGUACAUUUCUUGCCUUUGGAUCAGGUCCCCCACUGUACCAUAAAAAAAAUUUAUUUUCCCCCAAUUUUUAGAAGUCAUGUAAGCAAAAAUCCGGGAUUAUCUGUGAGUUCGGAUGUCUUGAUGAUCUUCGAUGCAAUUGUGACAUGGCCGAAGCGAACACCGCAUGCAUUCGAGGGUUACUGUGUCCUAAAGUCAAUGAUCUUCAAGUUGUUUACGAUAAGAAGUCGAAAACAUUGAAAAUGUUUAGCAAAACAGUUGCCGAAUUGAUCAGAAAUGCCCAAGAUUACGACAAAUUGUACUUGGAGUUUGGAGAGUUGGCGUCGAAGCAAAGCCGCGGCCAAAAGAACGGAUAUGCCUUUGUGAAGGGUCGAGCGAAGGAGCAUAGUAUGAUCAGUAUUGAGGUAAGCUUGAAUAAUUUUUUUGUUGAAUAUUUUUCCUGGUGUAAUAUAGCUUAAACUUGACUUGCAGAACGCCGUUGACGUCUUUGAUAAGACGGCAUUUGCCCUGAAAGUUGCCGAACCUCUGAACUAUCAGGACAAAGAGUAUGGGCUGGCUGUUUGCGCUCUGAACAGCACUUUGGUCCCGGUUUUGGUGGACAGUGUACUGGCGGAACAGAGCAUGUUCAACGACAAUUCGGUUGCCUCGUUCACGCAGUCGUUGUUGGCUCCGGUUGAAUUGAGGGAAGAGACGAUAUCUCGAGAUGAAUCGCAUCGAAGUUUCCUGAUUUUCCUGGGACCGGCAUUCUUGGUGCUUGGAGUGGUGAGUUCAGUUUUUCGUUGGGGUUUUUGGGCCUGCAAAAUUUUACAAUUGGUUUUGUUAAUUGUGAAAAGGAAUUUCUCAGUAGCUUAGCUCUAGAACAUGUCUUCUAAAAUUGUCAUGGUCGUGAUUGAUAUAUUUAUUUGGACGUCGUGGUCUUAUUGACCCUUUAAACCCUAACAUGUAAAACACUUUAAUAGCCAGGCUCAAUCCGUCAGAUCGACAAACGCCUAUCAGUCUGUCGGGAAAGUAAUGAGCACUCUGUCGCAUCGAAAGUCGCAUUGCCGCCGAGAAAAUGAAUUGUGUUGCGCAAAAGACAAAUUGCUUCUCAAUUCAGCGACGCGAUCUGCCCAGCGACAGUGUUCUCAUAAUUUUUCUGACGGACUGAUAUCUUGGAUGUCGCGACGACAUGUCGUGCAUCUCCAACAUGGUUUUUUUAAAACAUUCGGAGCUUCAAUAUCCCAAUUUUUUUACUCAUUACCAUGUUUUAGACCCCUUCAGCUGAUUUUAGAGUUUUCAAAUAGUUAUGGUAUAGAUUUUGACUCCUCUCGUUUUCAGAUUUCACGUUUGGUCCUUUAGUUGUUUGAAAUCUUAAUAUAGAGAUGAUAUCCUUUUUUUGAAAGAGCUAAAAUUUUAUUUUAGUGUCUUAUAGCUUAGCGUUGUACCCAGGAAUCUUUUUUUAUCACUUUUAUCUCGAUUGCCCGUAAAUCCACGUGGCAUUUUCCCCUUUUAGCCACCUUUGUGUCGUAUAACACAAAAAGCGCACGAAAGAUCUAUUCUCAUCGGCGUUGCGAUGACGUUAGCAACGCCAAUCCCAACUAUAUUAAUGGAUUAGAUCAUUUUUUGAAUUCCUCUUGACAUUCAGCACAAAUUUAAGUGAAAACUCUAUAUAUUGACGCUAAAAGGAUUACGCCACACCACAUCUUCAUCUAAUCCCUCGUUGGGGAUCCACAGUAAUUCCACGAAUCUCGGCCAGCUCAACAAAAUAUUUGCCAAAUUAGGGAAAUUAAAGAGCGUUUUCUCAUUAGAAUUCUUUCAAAAAAUUUGUUGUUUAUUGGGAAUUUCUGCAGUGGAAUGCGUCAAUUAAUUAAAUGGAAUGAUGUACAACUAUUUUUAGCUGAUCUUUGGUGUGACGAUCGUCUGUAUGGGCAUGAUACGACGACGAGAUUCGGCGGCCGCACGGAUGCGUCGACGGGGCUUGUUGCGCAGUCAAAGUGGCAUGCAAUUUACUGCGUAUAGACCAACUUUGGGGGUGUCGCCCUCGAGUUUGUAUUCGGAUAACACUUCAAGGUACUACAUGACACGGAAUGUGCACUUCUAA